AUAUUCAACACAUUCUACCUCCGUCCCACUCAUUUUUAUAAAGAUGAUUAUUUGUGGAAUAGAUACUUUGUAUCGAUGGCAGUAUACUCUACUAAUGUCAUUACCUGGAGCACAACAGUAAAAGAGCAUAUGGAUGAUUAGGUCAUCUAAAAGUUCAAUGCGAAAUGUAUUGUAUAUAAUAGCUGUGUGUGUGUGUGUGUGUGUGUGUCAGGCGGACAUGCACGGCCUGCUGACCUUCGUGCUUAUUCCCAGCACUCAGAGCAGACCUCCUCCUGUCAAAGAGUCCGUGGUCCACGUGAAGGCACAUUUCGACUACGACCCAUCAGAUGACCCCUACGUGCCGUGCAGAGAGCUGGGCUUGUCCUUCCAGAAAGGAGAUAUUCUCCACAUUAUCAGCCAGUCAGACCCCAACUGGUGGCAGGCGUACAGGGACGGAGACGAGGACAACCAGCCUCUAGCUGGACUGGUACCAGGGAAGAGUUUCCAGCAGCAAAGAGAAGCCAUGAAACAGACCAUAGAAGAAGACAAGGAGCCGGAGAAGUCAGGGAAGCUGUGGUGCGCAAAGAAGAACAAGAGGAAGAGAAAGAAGCUGCUGUACAACACUCACAGGAAUGAUGACAUUGAUCACGAGGAGAUUCUCACCUAUGAGGAGAUGGCUCUGUACCACCAACCAGCCAAUAGGAAGCGGCCGAUUGCACUGAUUGGUCCAACCAGCUGCGGGCAGGCGGAGCUUAGACAGAGACUGCUUAACAGUCAACCAGAACGCUUCGCUGGAGCUGUACCCCACACCACGCGGAGCCGUCGGGAUUGCGAACUGAGUGGUCGAGAUUACCACUUUGUGUCUCGUCAGACUUUUGAGGCCGAACUGGCAGCAGGGAAGCUGAUAGAGUCCGGUGACUUUGAGAAGAACCUGUACGGGACGAGUACAGACUCAGUGAGACAGGUCAUCAACACUGGAAAGAUCUGUGUGCUCUGUCUGCACACACAGGCUCUUAAGGUGCUCAGGAGUUCUGACUUGAAGCCUUACAUCAUCUUCAUAGCUCCGCCCUCCCAGGAAAGACUCCGAGCCCUAUUGGCUAAAGACAACAAGAACCCCAAGCCCGAGGAGCUGCGGGACAUCAUUGAGAAAGCGCGGGAGAUGGAGCAGAGCUGCGGUCACCUGUUUGACGCCGUCAUCGUCAACGCGGACCAGGACAAAGCCUUCAACGAGCUGCUACGACUCAUCAAUAAACUGGACACUGAGCCCCAGUGGGUGCCCUGCUCCUGGCUGCGCUGAGAGAACACACACACCAGUCAGAGAGAGUCACAGCAGAGUACACGUUUUUAGCGGUCCAACACACCUGAUGCUGCGUUACGAUGGAGUAUUAGGGCCACCGCAGCGAGACUACAAGUCUUUUGAGAGAUGAAGUUGUAAUUUUAUGGGAAAACAUCACAAUAUUACAACCUAAAGUUGUUAUUUUACAAUAUAAUGUCAUAAUAUUAAGAGAUAAAUUAAGAAAAAAAACCAUCAUAUUAUAAGAUAAUGUAGUUUUGGGAGAAAAAAAUCCUGAUAUUAUGAAAUCAAUUUCUAAUUUUACAAGAAAAAGUCAAGACUAUUAACAACAGUCAUAAUAUUAUUAAAUAUAGUUGGAUUUUCACUAGAAAAGAAAAUCCUAAUAUUACAGUGACAAUUUAUUUUUUUUAGAACAAAAGGCUGUAUGUUGGGAUAAAAACAGCACAGGUUAGUUUACAUACAUGUGUUGGUAUAUCCUAACACAUGUAUGUAAACUAACUAGACUAUAUAGUGCGACUGUACAGUUGUUAGUUGAAUGGGUUUGGAGGACUGCGUGUCUUUACGAUGACAGACAUUAGCUUCAUCGUUCCCAGCAGACUGGAUACACAGCAUACUGUUCUGCUGACACAGCUGAUUCUGGCUGCCUGUCACCAUAAAACCCACUGGACUCUAUUGUUGGGUUUCACUUCAUCUCAAUAUCCUUCCAGAUAUGAUAUUAAUGUGCUUAUUGUAGAAAUCUAUAACAUCAAUACUCCCUCACGCAUAAACGCCGACAGACUGCCAUCAACUGUUCUCUUUUAAUAUUAAGAUCUUGUAAUUUUACAGUUUAAAUUGUAGAAUAUUAGAUUUAGUAAAAUUUUAACAUUAUCCUAUAAUAUAAGGAUUUUUUCUUGUUUCAUAACAUGGAAAAUGUUUCUCCAAAUACUCAAUUAUCAAAAUAUCACCUUACUAGUACAAGUUAUAUCAUACAAUUAUGACUUCAUCCUUAACUAUUAAAAGAAAACUACAACUUAAUUCUACACCUUUAAUUAAUAAUUAACAUUAUAUUCUUGAAAUAACAGUUUUCUCCCUCAGAAAAUGAUUACUUUAUUUCCAUAAGAUUAUAAAUGUAUUGUUGAAAUGUGACUUUUCUUGUAAUUCCAAUUUUAUUCUCAUAACAUCAUGACCUUUGUCUUUUCUUAACAUUGACCCUAAUACUCUGUUGUACUGCAGAGAGUAUGGAUAGUAGAAUGUAUUGACCCUAAUACUCAGAUGUACUGCAGAGAGUAUGGAUAGUGGAAUGUAUUGACCCGUUGGCCCUAAUGACAUACAUGCCAUGUAGCUUUGUGUGUAGGGCCUCCUCAAAGGGAGGACCCCUCUACAAAGAGAUCUUGUUUGGUGCCCGAGUGAUACGACACUCAUCUCUUUCUUAUCUUCACAGUUCUUAGUGAGACCAAAAUAUGGACCUGGACAAAUCCCUCUUUCCUCUGAGAGCUCUUUCUCAGAAAUGUGAGGCCUCGUUCGUUACGCACCCUUUGCCUUUAUUCUGUCGUCAUUUCAACCGCUAUGAUUCAAAAUAUUUAAAUGAUCACAGUCACAAUUAUUUUAACCUUUUGCAGUGCCGAGAAUCUGUGUAAAAAAUUGAAUUUUGUGUUAUGGCUUUUUAGUUGUUGUAGUUAAUAAGUUGGCCCCCCGAGCACAGAGUACAGAUGAGGCCCCUGGUGAGAAGUAAAUGUGAAAAGUCACACAGACACACUAAGAUUCAUAAAGUGCUGAUUUAAAUCCACGCUGAUUAUUGCUAUGAAGAACACACGCACACAGGUGUGUACGUACACACCGAAACAGCAUUAGAUGCUGACUUUACCCUAAAAUCUGUCCACUGUGGCCUGAAGCUGCAGCCUUCUUCACACUGACUGACAGCCUCUGACCGGCUCUCCUGUUAAAGUACAAGCUACUGCAAUAGAGCACUUGAUAUUUCCUCUCGGACUCUUACGCUCCUAUCUGAUCACAUUUGAGUAGUAGUGACGUCUGAACCUGAGCAGGUACAGAAAACGUGAAAGUUGUAGUUUUUAGUCGUGUGUGUGUGUGUGUGUGUGUGUGUGUGUGUGUGUGUGUGUGUAGACAGCAAAGUAUUAUUAUGAACUGACAAAAUAUCACUCGUCACUGGCUAGAGCAUUUAUAUAUUUGUAAUAUUGAAAAAUAGAUUUAUGAAGUCCAGAAUGCACCAAUAGGAUUGCAGGUUUUACCUUUUGCCUCAACUGCCAUUGGUCCAGGAGGAGGGUGUGGAGCUAAGCGGAAUUAACUGUAUUGAAUGUAAAGUUAAUUGAUACCACUUGUUUAUCAGACAUCACUUCCUAAGUAAAUCUGCAUUUUGUAUGAAUAUUCACAAUGAAUAAAUAAAUAAAUAGAUGAUUGAUAGAAAA